ACUUCAGACGUAGACACGUUUUCUUAUGGAGCAAGUGACUUCAUAUGCAUUUGUGUCCGUGAAUGUGUUAACAUUUUCUUUUUGAAUUCAUUUGCUUAUGUUGGAUAAUAAAAAAGUUAGGUAUGUUAACAACUAGCCAUGUGUUUCAUCAAUAAAUCUUCAUUUUCUGCUUAGUUUAAUAAACAAGCCUAAAGUAGGCUAAGAGAAAUUAAUCAUUUAAUGGAUGUCAAAUUGUUAACAGUCAAAAAGUGUCUGGUUUGUUGUGAAAAUUAGUAGAUUUAUUAUUUAAAGUUUUAAUUAAGUUCAUAUUUUUUUUGUUGUUUGGUGGAAAUGGAACAUGCUACAAGGAAUUUGACCCACGAUGAGUGUGUUCCAGCAGUGAUCUUACAUAGCAAAGGACUUAGCUACCAUGCUAUUGGCUCCGUAUAUUGGUAACAAUUUGUUGCUAAUGCACGAUAAUACAAGACCUCACGUUCACGAACUGUAACUGAAUAUUUACAACAGGUAAAUCUUCAGACAAUGGACUAGCCAUCGCAUAGUCUAAAUCUUAACCCCAUCGAACAUUUGUGGGAUAUAAUUGGCAGAAGACUACCACAGCAUUUGCCACCUCCUAGAACCUCACAAAAGGUAGAAACAGUAGCUCUAGAGAUUUGGAAUGAUAUUGAUCACAGCCAAAUAGAAUACCUCAUUUGUAAUAUAAAAGUGCAUAUCUCUUUUGUUAUCGAACAUAAGCAAAUGAAUAAAAAACAAAAUGUUAAGAAAACCUAAUGCUACAAUUGUGUUUUAAUUUAAAUAUUUUAUAUAUGCUAGAACAUUCCAGAUUAUGUUCCGAACUUCAAGGAAAAAACAGAGUAGACGAAGAGGAUGGCUUACCAAAAUAUAGUUGUAUAAAAUGCGCAAAAGAAGUUCAGAUGUGUUUGAUGGUUAAGAAACGUAUUAUAAAGGCACAUCAAUUCUUAUUAGAAGGUCUAAAAAAGAAAAAGACAACAUUCGAAAGUACAGUGAUAACCCGUAUUGUUAAUAAAGGCGAAUCUUCAGUACAAAACAAGACAAAAACUGCUAAACAAAAGGUUGUUUCGAAAAAAUCUAAUCCAGUAAUAACACAAAAUAAAACCCAAUGCAAGUCAAAAUUAUUUGAUAACUCAAAUGAAGCAGCAACAGAUGAAGAUGCAUAUGAUAACUCAAAUGAAGCAACAACAGAUGAAGAUGCAAAUGAAGGAAGUGUAAAACAUGAUGUAAAAACUGAAGGAGUAGAAACAACAAAUCAACCAAACGCAAUUAAAGAAGAAAAGGAAUCACUAGAUCAAGAAGUACACGAGAUACUUGAUGAAGACCAGAAAUGUAUCGAGAGCACUGGCUUUACUUGUGAAACAUGUAAUUUAACUUUUUCAGACAAACAGAAGUUCAAUCUGCACAGCUUAAAACAUAAGAAAAGUCAAUGUCAUAUAUGCAGCCGAAUCGUUAGAUCAGGCAACUUAAAGAAACACAUCAGGUUGCAUACAGCAGGUCCAUCAGUAUGUUCUACUUGCGGAGUAACGUUCAAAAAUUUUGAAAGUUUAAGAGGUCAUAUCUUUCAUUACCACAAGCAUACUGCUCAUCAAUACAUUUGUGAAGAAUGUGGUAAAAGCUUUCGAAUAAAAUAUAGUUUUUUAUUGCAUAAAAGAAAGGCUCAUAUCGGUCUAAGGAACUUUAAAUGCAACACGUGUGGAAAAGCUUUCAUUACCAACGCCAAUUUAUUAAGACAUGUACGAAUGACUCACGAAAAACUGAGACCUCACGUUUGUGAAUAUUGUGGUACUGGCUUUUUUUGUAAGCGUGUUUUAAGAGCUCAUACCAGACAACAUACCAAUGAAAAACCGUUCGUUUGUCAGCAUUGCUUAGAAGGGUUUAGACAGCGGGUUUCAUUACGGACCCAUUUAAAAUCAAAACAUGGAAUAGAAGAAGCCAAGGAAUUCUUUUGUAAAACGUGUGAGAAAGGUUUCGCUACAAAUUUCGCUUUGAAUAUACAUCAAAGGUUACACGAAAUUAAGAAGUGUGAAAUUUGUUCAGCAAAUUUUGGUGGAGAUGAAUAUCUGACAAAACAUCUUAGAGAAGUUCAUCAAGUAAAAGUAGAAAUAAAACAAGAUAGCUAAG